GGUUCUACUUCUCUAGCUCUCUCUCUCCCCUCCACGCAACGUCUUCCUUCCCCAACGCCAUUUCCCGCUCGACAAUCCUCGCUCUCUCUCUCUCUCACUCUCCCUGUGUUCCUAUGGCGAGUUCCUUGUUGCAGCCGAGAAAUCUGGGCUUCGGUUGUCCACAGACACUCCGCCCAAGAAGAGUUCCCGAACUGUCAUGUUUCCCCUCCUCCUCUGCUGCUGCUGCUGCUGCUUCUCCUCCUCCGUGCCGCUUCCGUUCAAGUUCGUUCAGGGGCGCGAGGGUGAGGGCCUCCGGCCACAGAGGUCAGGGAGGAGGAGUCGCGGAAGAAGAGGUGAGCCCAGAGGUUCCGGUUCUCCGAAGAGGACAAGAUGAUCCUGCCGUCCCAGGCGAAGCAUCGGAGGCGUCCGUUGCGGGCGGGGAUUGGAGAUGGCCGCCUUGGAAGGGCCUGCCCCAACGCUACAAGCUCAUCGGGACUACCUCGCUUGCGUUCGUCAUCUGUAAUAUGGAUAAGGUGAACUUGAGUGUUGCCAUCAUUCCCAUGUCCCAUCAAUUUGGUUGGAGUUCCUCAACGGCAGGAUUAGUGCAGUCGUCAUUUUUCUGGGGAUAUACCUUGAGCCAGUUACCUGGUGGGUGGUUGGCAAAAAUUUUUGGUGGCAGGAAAAUUCUUGAGAUUGGGGUCUUUGCUUGGUCCAUAGCUACAGCAUUUGUUCCUGUUGUAGCUGGUUUUCUGCCAGGACUUGUUUUAUCUAGAAUUCUGGUUGGAAUUGGGGAAGGUGUGUCUCCUUCAGCUGCAACUGAUAUAAUGGCCAGAUCAAUACCUCGAGAGGAACGAUCUAGGGCGGUUGGAUUUGUUUAUGGUGGCUUAAGUGUUGGAAGUGUCUUAGGACUUCUAUUGGCUCCUGAAUUUAUCCAAUCCCUAGGCUGGGAGUCGGUUUUUUAUGCAUUUGGCUUUCUUGGACUAGCCUGGUGCAUAGGCUUUCAGUUUCUAGAUGAAGUCCAAUCAUCACCUCACGAACACUUGUUAACAGAAAAAAGAAAUAUGAAUACCAAUGGCGUGCCCCUGGCAUCUUCUGCAGAGAAAAAAUCUUGGGAUGCUUCUCUGUCCCAGUUAAGCCUGUCAUUAAAGGACAUACCUUGGAAAGCAUUCUUCAAAAGCCAUGCAGUGUGGGCGAUGAUAUAUGCUCAUUUUUGUGGGAGCUGGGGUCACUAUACUUGUCUCUCUUGGCUGCCUACUUACUUUAGGCUUAGAGGAGCUUGUCCAACAUUAGAAAGAAAGAGAGAGAGAGAAAGGGUGAGAAACGCUUCUUGCUCUCUUGUUGGAACGGAGGCUAGUGGCUGCUGGAAAGAAACCAGAAGCAGAAGUUGCCAAGAUUUUCAGAGUGAAGAGCUGAGCCUAAACCUCACAGAGGCAGCUUGGGUGUCUCUCCUCCCUCCACUUGCUUCCAUUGCUGUUACCAGCAUUGCAGCAACAUUUGCAGACACACUUAUAUCAAAUGGAGUCGAGACUACUGUGGUCCGAAAGAUCUGUCAGACAAUUGCUUUCAUUUGUCCAGCCCUCUCCAUGAGUGUUGCUUCCAUGGAUUUAGGAAUGUCACCAUGGGAAAUUGUAGCUUUUCUUACUGCCGGUUUGUCUCUUUCAAGUUUUGCAUUGUCAGGACUAUACUGCACUCAUCAGGACAUAUCUCCUGAAUAUGCAAGCAUACUUCUAGGGAUAACAAAUACUGUAGGAGCUGUUCCUGGAAUUGUUGGUGUUGCCCUUGCUGGAUACCUUAUUGACCAAACUCACUCUUGGAGUGUGGCUCUAUUUUUACCAUCUAUCUUCUUUUACUUGACCGGUGCGGCUGUGUGGGUAGCCUUUGCUAGCAGCAAGCCCCAGACAUUUGUCAAGGGUGAUUAAGCGCCUUGAAAAUACUCUGCUUUCCAAUGAGGAUUUUAACCUUUUUUGUAUUAUAUCAUUCUUUUUUUCCAACAGCUGCACAUUGAUGCAGCAUUAUUCUUAGAAAGCAAUAUUUUAAAGGCUUUCCCAUCAAGGGAAGGUGUGCAUAAUGUUGUAAAGCCUAUUGUAAAUUCAUAGAAUAAAAAAGAAAUCGCAGCACGUAGGUUGUUCCUAGUUUGAUCUUAUGUUACUUGUGGUCCUUAAUCAGUGGUUGGGAAGAACUCCUCGCAUUUCGACAAGUGACAAGGCAUCAACAUCUUUUUUGUCGAGGUGGUGACCUGCAAGUAGUAUGCAGGUUCAUAUCCCGUUUCUCUACCUUUCUUUUGUUAAUUGUAAUGUAACAUUGUUGAUCUCAAAGAACUGGUUUCUGGGAUUACCUUGUACUCUACUUAUACUAAAUGCAACUUUGUGCGCCAAUGACAUGAUAUUUUCACCUGUAAUUAGUGCCAAA